UUCAGGUGACUUGGUCCUGCUGGUCAGAGGCUGGUUGCACACACAUUGCUACCAAGCUCCAUUCAAGAUGGGGUUUGGUAAAGGACCUAGGAUACCAUUAUGGGUUGUAAUUCUGGUGAUCUGCUGUAUCCAACAGAAAGCUUCAAGUGCAGAAGAUGUACCUGAAAGAGUUACCAUCAUCCCACCAAUGAAAACAAUGCCUGUUAUAUCAUCCUUUCACUCCGUUCAUAAUGGACAGGUCUGCAGCACAUGGGGUGCCUUUCACUUCAAGACAUUUGAUGGUGACAUCUAUAAUUUUCCUGGAGUCUGCGAUUACAUAUUUGCCUACCAUUGCACAGAACCAUUUGAGGACUUCAACAUACAAAUUAAACGCCAAACAGUGGGGAACACCACCACAAUUAGCCAUAUCACUGUGAUGCUGGCUGGAACAUAUUUUAAAAUGGAAAAGGAUCAAAUUUUGGCAAAUGACAAACAGAUUCAGUUACCUUACAAUGGACCUGGAUAUGAAAUAGAGAAUUUUCUCAACUAUAUCAAAGUGAAUGGUAAAAAUGGUUUAACUCUAAUGUGGAAUAAACAAGACAGUCUAAUGCUGGAACUUGAUAAAAAAUAUGCCAAUCAGACCUGUGGACUUUGUGGAGAUUUUAAUGGCAUGCCAAAGUACAAAGAAUUUUAUUUUGAGAAUACCCCCUUAACAGACUUCCAGUUUGGGAAUCAAUGGAAGGUGGCUAGUCCAACAGAAGCUUGUGAUGAUCCUCUACCUCCUCCUCAGAAGAAUUGCACUGAUGAAUACGAUAUUUGUCAGAAAAUACUAACUGGUUCUGCAUUUUCUGGAUGUAAUGAUAUUGUUGGUGUGGAUAGCUACAUUGAUGCUUGUGUACAUGACUUGUGUCACUGUGAUGAAGUUGAAAAAGCCUCCUGUCUCUGUUACACUUUCACUGAAUACUCUCGACAAUGUGCUCAUGCUGGUGGCCAACCUCAAAACUGGAGAAGUCCAGAACUAUGCCCAAUAUCAUGCUCUUCGGGUAUGCAAUAUCAAGAAUGUGGAUCACCUUGUGCAAAUACUUGUACUAAUUCUGAAAGAUCUCAUAUCUGUGAAGAUCACUGUGUAGACGGCUGCUUUUGUCCACCAGGAACUGUUUUGGAUGACAUCAAUGGCAAAGCCUGCAUCCCUUUUGAGCAAUGUUCCUGCAUUUAUAAUGGAGAAUCCUAUUCUCCAGGGAUGACAUAUUCAGAUCCAUGCCGUUCCUGUGUGUGCAGUGGUGGUGCGUGGAAUUGCACAGAGCUUCCUUGUCGUGGUAUUUGCUCAAUAGAAGGAGGAUCACAUAUCUCCACCUAUGAUGAAGUGUGGUAUAAUUUCCAUGGAAAGUGUACUUAUAUUCUAACUAAGAUGUGUGACGAAGAAACCUUUACUGUUCUUGGUGAGCUUGGGCCAUGUGGCAUCACAGAUUCUGAGAGCUGCUUAAAAUCGGUGACUCUAACCAUCAAUCGAGGAGAAACUCUAAUGUAACAAUCUUCCAGCCUUCACAUUCCUUCAUCAUUCUGGAAACAAAUUUUGGCCUUCAGCUCGUGAUCCAGAUUAAACCCUUGCUACAGUUAUUCAUUUAUCUGGAUCCAUCUUUCCAAGGGAGAAUGUGUGGCCUCUGUGGCAACUUUAACCAUAACCAGAGAGAUGACUUCAAAACCUUAAAUGGUUUGAUAGAAGGAACAGCAACUGCAUUUGCUAAUACCUGGAAAACUAUAGCUUCCUGUGACAACAUUAAACAGCAUUUUAACGAUCCUUGCACCGUGAGCACUGAAAAUGAAAAAUAUGCCCAUCAUUGGUGUGGACUCCUGACUGACCCUGAAGGACCUUUUGCUAAAUGCCACCCCUUUGUGUAUCCAAGGACAUAUCAUACGAACUGUAUGUUUGAUGCCUGUGCUUGUACGAUAAGUGAGAAGUGCAUGUGUGCUGCCCUCUCUUCCUAUGUCAGAGCAUGCAGAGCCAAAGGAAUUGAACUUGAAGGAUGGAGAACCAGCGCUUGUUCCAAAGAUACUAUCUGUCCCAAAUCCCUGAAUUAUAGCUAUGAAAUUAGUUCUUGCCAACCUACUUGCAAAUCACUGAGUGAACCUGAUAUUACUUGCAACAUCAAAUUUGUCCCAGUUGAUGGCUGUACAUGUGAACCUGGAACUUAUAUGGAUGAUUCUGAAAUAUGUGUGCCUGCUAACAAAUGUCCCUGCUAUUACAAAGGAAGAACCAUGCUCUCUGGUGAUGUUUACCAUGAGUAUGGCGUUAAGUGCACUUGUAAUCAAGGAAAAUUAAGCUGCUAUGGUGAUGGAGACUCCAAGAAAGUACAUGUAAGAACAGGAUCUGGCAAUGUACCAUGGAGACGUGCCUAUCAACCUGUACUGUUUAUGGAGAUGGACAUUAUAUCACCUUUGAUGACAAGCGUUAUAUUUUCAAUGGGCAAUGUGAAUAUACACUCUUGCAGGAUUAUUGUGGCCAGAACAGUUCCACCCAGGGGUCAUUCCGAAUCAUCAGUGAAAAUAUUCCUUGUGGCACCACUGGCACCACUUGUACUAAAUCUAUUAAAAUAUUCUUCAAAAACUAUGAAGUGAUACUUAAUGAAGAGCAAGUUAAAACAGUAGAAAGAGAGGGUGGAGGUCAGAUACCAAUUAGAAAGCAUCAAAUGGGCAACUACAUGAUGAUUGAGUUUCAUAAAGGAUUAAUUGUCUUAUGGGACAAGAAAACAACCGUAAUUGUCAAACUUGGUGCAGAAUACAAGGGUGGGGUCUGUGGACUGUGUGGGAACAAUGAUGGAAAUGGAGUUAAUGACUUUACAACUCGGAGUCGAUCUGUAGUAGGUGAUGUACUGGAGUUUGGAAACAGUUGGAAGGUAUCACCCACAUGCCCCGAUGCCAAAUGUGUCAAGGAUCCUUGCGCCAAGAAUCCUUAUAGGAAAGCUUGGUCACAGAAGAUGUGCAGCAUCAUCAACAGUAAAGCCUUUGCUGCCUGCCACUCUCAGGUGGACCCAACUAAAUACUAUGAAGCCUGUGUGACUGAUUCCUGUGCUUGUGACACUGGGGGAGACUGUGAAUGUUUCUGUACAGCUAUAGCUGCAUAUGCUAAAGUAUGUAGUGAUCAUGAAGUAUGUGUAUCAUGGAGAACACCAUCAAUUUGCCCCAUGUUUUGUGACUAUUAUAAUAAAGAAGGUCAAUGUGAAAUGCACUACAAACCUUGUGGAGCCCCAUGCAUGAAGACCUGUAGGAAUCCAAGUGGGAGGUGUGCUCAUAAUUUACCCGGCUUGGAAGGUUGCUAUCCACAUUGCCCAGUAGAUAAGCCUUAUUUUAAUGAGGAAGAGAUGGAAUGUGUUAGUGUUUGCGGCUGUUAUGAUGCUUCGGGUAACUAUCAUCAGUUAGGAGAAACCUUUACUACUGGAGUGGUAUGUCAAUCAUGUAAAUGUACCAAUGAAGGCAUUAUUAGCUGUGAACAUGAUACUAAAGCUUGCUACUGCUACUACGAAGGAAAGAGGUAUAACUACAAGGAAGUCAUUUACAAUACCACGGAUGGCUUGGGUUCAUGUAUAACUGCAAUUUGUGACAUCAAUGGAACAAUCAAUAGAGACGUCUAUCAAUGUGCUGGAACUACCACAAAACCACCAUUUGAAUUCACAACUUCAAGUAGAACAGAAUCAAUUCCAACAAGAACAACAAUGUGUGUGCAUAAAGUUUGUAGAUGGAUGGGUUGGUAUGAUGUUAGCAACCCAUCAUAUGAAUCAACCAAUGGAGAUUAUGAAACUCCGGAAAACAUAAGAGCGAAAGGAUAUAAUCUUUGCAAAAAUCCAGAUAAAGUGGAAUGCAGAGCAAAAGAAUUUCGCGAAGAAACAGUGCAGUCUCUCGGUCAAAAUGUAGUAUGUACACCAACUGAUGGCUUGAUUUGCAAUAACAAGGAUCAGGCUCCACCAGUGUGCUAUGACUAUGAGGUCAAAUUCUUAUGUUGCAAUUUUGAACCAUGUGGUCCUUUGACAUCAACAACUGCUACUAAACCUACCGGAGGAACAACACCAAUUGCUGAAACAACAACAACAACACCUUAUAUACCCCAAACAACACGUGCACAUUUUAUUGGGACCACUACCUCUACUCCCCAGCCUUCUACACCAAGUUCAGUGCUUCCCAUAUCCACAACUUGCCAUCCUAAAUGUGAGUGGACCCAAUGGUUUGAUGACCACAAUGCAAAAACUAGCCCUGAUGGUGAUUUUGAGCGCUUUGAAGACAUACGGGCACGUGGAUUGGCUUGUGAGCAUCCGCAAGAUAUUNUCUACAAUUCAAAGUGUGUCUCCGGUUGCAUAUGUCCAGACGGGCUAGUGUCAGAUGAGAAAGGCGGUUGUAUUCCUGUGGACAAGUGCCCAUGUGUUCACAAUGAUGCCACAUAUCAGCCUGGGGAAAAGAUCAAAGUUGACUGUAACAAUUGUGCAGAAGUAACAACAGGAAAGCAAAUAACCACUACUCUCCCUACUCCACCAACAACAAAAGCUGGAAUUAUCUCCACUGCAUUGACCACUAGUCCAAGCACACCUAUGGUGUCUACAAGUGCAGAAGUAACAACAGGAAAGCAAAUAACCACUACUCUCCCUACUCCACCAACAACAAAACCAGUCACUUCUGGAAUUAUCACCACUGCAUCCACCACUAGUCCAAGCACACCACCGGUGUCUACAAGUGCAGAAGUAACAACAGGAAAGCAAAUAACCACUACUCUCCCUAUUCCAACAACAACAAAAGCAGUCACUUCUGGAAUUAUCUCCACUGCAUUGACCACUAGUCCAAGCACACCCAUGGUAUCUACAAGUGCAGAAGUAACAACAGGAAAGCAAAUAACCACUACUCUUCCUACUCCACCAACAACAAAACCAGUCACUUCUGGAAUUAUCACCACUGCAUCAACCACUAGUCCAAGCACACCCCUAGUGUCUACAAGUGCAGAAGUAACAACAGGAAAGCAAAUAACCACUACUCUUCCUACUCCACCAACAACAAAACCAGUCACUUCUGGAAUUAUCACCACUGCAUCCACCACUAGUCCAAGCACACUACCGGUGUCUACAAGUGCAGAAGUAACAACAGGAAAGCAAACAACUACUAUUCUCCCUACUCCACCAAAAACAAAACCAGUCACUUCUGGAAUUAUCUCCACUGCAUCCACCACUAGUCCAAGCACACCACCGGUGUCUACAAGUGCAGAAGUAACAACAGGAAAGCAAACAACCACUACUCUCGCUACUCCACCAACAACAAAACCAGUCACUUCUGGAAUUAUCUCCACUGCAUCCACCACUAGUCCAAGCACACCCCUGGUGUCUACAAGUGCAGAAAUAACAACAGGAAAGCAAGCAACCACUACUCUCCCUACUCCACCACCAACAAAACCAGUCACUUCUGGAAUUAUCUCCCCUGCAUCCACCACCAGUCCAAGCACACUCGUGGUGUCUACAAGUGCAGAAGUAACAACAGCAAAGCAAACAACCACUACUCUCCCUACUCCACCAACAACAAAACCAGUCACUUCUGGAGUAACAACAGGAAAGCAUAUAACCACAAUUGUUUCUCCUCCAUUGUCAACUCUUGUGUCUACGAGUCUAGGAGUAUCAACUGGUUCCACACUAGCAACUACUUUAAGCAGAGCAACUCCAUGUUUCUGCCAUGUAUCUGGAACUCCUGAUUCUUUAUUUUCUCCUGGGGACGUAAUAUAUAAUAAAACUGAUAGUUCUGGAUGCCGUUUUGUUGCAAUCUGUGAUGCAAAUUGUGAAAUUAAGAGGUAUCCAGUAUUCUGCCCUACAACAACUCCCCAUCCAGUUACAACUACAGGAACAUUACCGAUUGUCAGUUCUACAACUUCUGCUCUACCAACUAAACCACACACUUCCCCAACUCCCACAAGAACUCAGGAAAUCAUUUCCUCAACUUCUACACCAUAUUGCCUUAAUGUGGAUCCACCUAGAAAGUAUAAUGAAACAUGGAUGUUUAAUAAUUGCACUAAAGCAACAUGUGAGGGGAACAACCGAAUUGUUGUGUCACCGCUCCCACAACCUGAGAAGAUAACCUGUGCCAAUAGACUUGAACCAAAGCGAAUAGUGGAUAAAAAUGGUUGCACAGAACGCUAUGAAUGUGAAUGUAUCUGUAAGGGUUGGGACCAUUAUAAUUUUAUGACUUUUGACGGCACUUCUUACACUUUUCAUGGCAACUGCACUUAUAUCUUGGUACAAGAGAUUGUGAAUAAAUUUGGAAACCUCCGUAUUUUGCUUGACAAUGCCUUCUGUGAUGUAGCUGAUAAUCAAUCCUGUUCCAGAUCCCUGAUUAUAUAUUACAACUCUAUGGAAAUCCGACUAGUUAGUGAAAUGCAUGAAGGAGUGAGAGUUAACGAGAUGUUUUUUGGCAACGAAUCUGUCACAAAGGGUUUUGCCAAAGAUGGCAUUUUGGCUACUAGUACUGGUUUGACCAUGGUGAUUGAAAUAUCUGAGAUCAAUAGUUUUGUUUCCUUCAAUGGUUUCGUCUUCUUUAUUAUGCUUCCAUAUGAACUCUUUCAAUACAACACAGAGGGACAGUGUGGGAGCUGUUCAAAUGACCAAUCAGAUGAUUGUCGCAAGCCCAAUGGGCAGAAAGCUUCCUCCUGCUCAGAAAUGGCAAUCCACUGGCAAGUGCCUGAUAUCAAUAAGCCCUACUGCCAGGUGCCAACACCACCUCCUACAAUGAGCACAACUACACUAGUGGAGACCUCACCAACACCAACAUCAAUACCAACACCAACACCCUGCAGCUCUCCAUCACCUUUGUGCGAGCUGAUUAUAAGCGAUAUUUUUGCAGAUUGCCAUAAAUAUCUGUCUCCAAUAAACUUCUAUAACAACUGCAUCCAUGAAACAUGUCAGCCUUCCAAUGAUUCCUUGAGUUGUGUCUACAUUGAAAUGUAUGCCUCUCUUUGUACGGCUAACGGAGCUUGUGCUGACUGGAGGAACAAAACUGAAGGGAAAUGCCUGUAACGCAUGGCCUGAAUGACCACGUUGCUGAACGAUGCAUUUGCCCAGAGGGCUCAAUCUUGUUCAAUUCUUUCAGUGGCCUCUGUGUUCCAGAAUGUGGUUGUGUGGGAGCAGAUGGACUCCCAAAACUGCCUGGUAGCAAAUGGAAGAGCAACUGUAAAGAGUGUACAUGUGACCCUUUGACUCUCAGUGUACAAUGUAAGCCAUGGAGCUGCCCACCAACCAAAGAAUGUAAGGCGGAAGGAUACAUGCCCAUCCCUGUGCUAAAUUCAGACGAUCGAUGCUGCCCCGAAAUAAAAUGCGUAUGCAACACCAGUAUGUGCGAAAAGACCACUUGUAAACCUGGAGAGUACCUAGCCUCAGUCACUUUUGGUCCAUGCUGUGCCAACAUUACUUGUGCCUGGAAUGAUCGUUCCUGGUAAACCCUGUGAAACGUGCAUCUGUAGUUCUGUUAAAAACCCUGUUACCCAGGGAAAUAUUGUGGAAUGUAAGCCAGUUACCUGCAAUACAGAUUGUCCCAUGGGUCACGAGUACCAAAUAAAACCCGGUGAAUGUUGUGGAAACUGCAUCCCAGUGGCUUGCAUCGUCGCCAUUAAUGGCAUUGCUGAGAUACUAAAGCCUGGGCAGACAAAACCGGGUAACUGUAAUCAGUACAAAUGUGAACCAAUGAACAAUACGCUAGUUCUGGUUGAGACUAGAGAAACGUGCCCUAACUUUGAUCCAGACUGCAGUCCUGAUCAAACUGAAUUGACUCACAAUGGCUGCUGCAAGAUAUGCAAAGAGACACUAAACUGCAAACCAUACAAGAAUCAAACUCUAAUCCGUGAAAAUGACUGUGUAUCUCCUGAAACUGUUGAAUUGACUUACUGUGAAGGAAUGUGUCCAAGCUCUUCAGUAUAUUCCCAAAACAAAAAGGCAUUUCAGUAUAAUUGCAAUUGCUGCCAAGAGUUCAAGAGCCAUAAAAAAGAAGUAACCUUGACAUGUCUGAAUGGCACAACCAUCGUUUAUGACUAUUUAUAUGUGGAUGAGUGUAAGUGCAAAACUGGAUGCAACUUCGAAGUCCCAAGCAGCUAAAAGAAGGAGAAAAAAUAUUAUUUUUCUUAGUCCAAAAUAAAUCCAACAAUCACUCGUCAGAAAUCAGUCAUCAUUCAGUGCUACUUUGGAUCUCUGCUUGUGUCCUUGAACCAAAUAUUUUUUUGUUGGCCAGUUGCUUAAUCAAAUUAAUGUCCUUUUUCAUGUAAAAAAAUUGCAUUCAUUCUGGCAAACUCUUUUCAAAAUAAGAGCAUUC